CAGAACGUCAGCCUCCUUUACCUUCACUACAAGAUGUCUAUGUCAUACGGCAGAUACGUCAGCGGCGGUGGUGGUGUUGGUCUUAGCAGUGCCUCGGUGUAUGGGGGAGCUAAACCUGGCACUAUCAAAAUCUCUAGUGGUAACGCCUCGAUGUUCGCUCAGGGUGGUGGUGCUGGUGGUGCCUCCAUGUUCGCCCAAGGUGCUGCUGGUGGUGGCCGCUUCAUUUACCUGGGAGGUAAUGCUUUGGCACGGGGCUCAGGAGGUGGUUCUGUGUUUUCCUUCAGUGGUGCUGGGGUUGGUGCCGGAGGUGGUGCUGGUGCUGGAGGAGGGGACCUGGACAUCACUGCCAAUGAGAAGAUGGCCAUGCAGAACCUGAAUGACCGCCUGGCUUCCUACCUGGAGAAGGUGCGCAAGCUGGAGGCUGCCAAUGCUGAGCUGGAGCUGAAGAUCAGGGAGUUCCUGGAGCAGAAGACCUCUCCCUCCUCCAGAGACUACAGCGCCUACUUUGCCACCAUCGCAGACCUGCAAGGACAGAUCCUGGAAGCUACCAAGGUCAACGGUGGCAUCUACCUCAGCAUCGACAACGCCAAACUGGCUGCUGACGACUUCAGGCUCAAGUAUGAGAAUGAGCUUGCUAUGCGCCAGUCAGUGGAGGCCGACAUCGCUGGGCUGAAGAGAGUCCUUGAUGAGCUCACCAUGGGCCGGACCGACCUGGAGAUGGAGAUUGAAGGCCUGAAUGAGGAGCUGAUCUUCAUGAAGAAGAACCACGAGGAGGACAUGCUCGGCAUGCGGGACCAAAUGAGCGGCCAGGUGAACGUAGAGGUGGACGCUGCUAAAGGACCCGACCUCGCUCAGAUCAUGGAGGAGAUCAGGGAGCAGUAUGCAAAUGCUGCCGCCAAGAGCAAGAAAGAACUUGAUGCCUGGUUCCAGGGACAGACAGAAGCUCUGAACAAAGAGGUUGCUGAAAGCACAGAGAGCAUCCAAACAUCCAAAACUGAGAUCACUGACCUCAGACGAGCGCUGCAAGCCCUGGAGAUUGAGCUGCAGUCACAACUCACUAUGAAAUCAUCUCUGGAGGGCACCCUGGCUGACACCCAGAAUCGGUUUGCCAUGCAGCUAGCAGGUUUUCAGAACCAGGUUUCCUGUAUGGAGGAGCAGCUGGUGCAGCUGAGAGCUGACCUGGAGCGUCAGGGCCAAGAGUACCAGAUGCUGCUGGACAUCAAGACCAGACUGGAGAUGGAGAUCGCCGAGUACAGGAGGCUGCUGGAUGGAGAGGGUGGCGGCACUGGCGGCUCUGGCGGCUUCGGUGGCUCAGGAGGAAUCAGCGGCUCUGGUGGCUUCGGUGGCUCUGGAGGAAUCAGCAGCUCUGGCGGCUUUGGUGGCUCAGGAGGAAUCCGCGGCUCUGGUGGCUCCGGUGGCUCCAGUGGCUCCGGCGGCCUCAGCGGCUCCGGCGGCCUCAGCGGUUCUGGUGUCUCCAGCGGCCUCAGCGGCUCCGGCGGCCUCAGCGGUUCUGGUGUCUCCAGCGGCCUCAGCGGCUCCGGCGGCCUCAGCAGUUCUGGUGUCUCCAGCAGCCUCAGCGGCUCCAGCAGCAUGACGACUUCCAUCACUGUAAAUCGUUCACCCUCUCCUGAUCCCCCAACCUCCACCUCAGUCACCAAACAGAAAGUCAUCACCUACACCGAGGAGAUAGUGGACGGGAUUGUGGUCAGUUCCACCCAGUCUGAGGUCGUGAAGGAGCUGUGAGGACCUGUAAGAGAGUUCAGUCUCUUAGCAAACAUCCAACAAAUAUGCUAAUAAAGUUUGCUGAGG